AAUGAAGUCCUCAGGGUAAAGCCCCAGCUCAGCUAAACUCUCCCACACAAUAUAAAUCCGGAGUGGGCAGCCCGUCAGCAAGUUUGCCCUCUUGUAGCGCUCACGCGACCGUACGUGCUAGUAUAAAGAUAAAACUACAUUUCCCAGCAUUCUCUGCUCCGGCAGCUUGUUUAUCCAAUGGUCAUUCGAUGCGCUCCUCUGGCAACCAAUCGGACAGUAAUCUCUUAAUUCUAACAGUUAAAUACCAUGAAAAUCCCUCUUAUCAGCCCUAUUCACUUACUUAACUUACUUAAUUUUCCCCCUCCGGAUACACAACAGCAAUGUUGUGAUUUUGAUGCAAGACACGUGUUUCACAUCGUCACGGAUUUCAAGUUGUGAAGAUGCUGUCAGGUGUCCGGUUGUGUGUCCGCUCGUUGUGUAGAGGCUGGUCGGUUCGCGGCAUGAGUUUAUCGCCGCGUCAGAUCAACCGGUGGCCGAGCAACGAGUCCGAGCCUCCUACGGACAGUCCCCGAGUCCUCAUCACAGGUGGCCUGGGACAGCUUGGAGUAGGACUAGCUGAAAUGCUGAGGAAGCAGUAUGGAAAGGAAAACAUCAUCCUGUCAGACAUUAGGAGGCCUCCCGCUGAAGUUUAUAACAUGGGUCCGUUUGUAUACGCUGACGUGCUGGACUAUAAAAACCUGAGGGAGCUAGUUGUGAAUAACAGAAUCACCUGGCUGGUGCAUUACAGUGCAUUACUCAGUGCUAUCGGGGAAGCUAAUGUGGCUCUCGCCCGCACCAUCAAUAUCACAGGACUGCAUAAUGUGUUAGAUCUGGCUUUGGAGAACUGCUUGCGGCUGUUUGUACCCAGUACUAUAGGAGCAUUCGGCCCUUCAUCUCCCCGUGACCCAGCACCUGACCUCUGUAUCCAGAGACCUCGCACCAUUUAUGGGGUUUCCAAAGUCCAUGCAGAGCUGAUGGGGGAAUAUCUCCACCAUAAAUAUGGCCUGGAUUUUCGAUGCUUGCGAUACCCAGGAGUCGUUUCUGCCCACACCAAGCCAGGAGGAGGCACUACUGAUUAUGCUGUCCAGAUAUUUCAUGAUGCCCUCAGCACCGGACACCAUGAAUGUUACUUGCGCUCCAACACUCGGCUUCCCAUGAUGCACAUAUCUGACUGUCACAGGGCCACUAUUGAGUUCAUGCAGGCCCCUGAAAGCCAACUUUCCCUGCGUACUUACAACAUCGCAGCCAUGAGCUUCACACCUGAAGAAGUGGCAGAAGAGAUUCGCAAACACCUGCCCCACCUGAGGGUCACGUACAAUCCUGAUACCAUCCGGCAGACUAUUGCGGACAGCUGGCCAGUGCGGUUUGAUGACUCUAACGCACGUCAGGACUGGGGCUGGAAGCCUGCGUACGGCCUGUCAGAGCUGGUCACAGACAUGCUGGCCUCCAUCCAGGAACAAAGAACCAAUGCAGGACUACCUGUCAGAUAGCAGGUCUUCUCAGGGACUGAAACACAGAUCACCAGCACCUUUCCAGUACAUUUCCAAACUCAUUUAUCUCAAAUUUGGUAGCUGUUUCUUUAGACCAGGACUAUCCGUCAGUUAGAGAACUGCUGACACUGACAGUUCUCUAAAUAUGUAUGCUUGUGAAGAAAACAUGUUAACCAACAGUGAAAACUCACAUUCUCUCAGGAGACUCUGUCUUUCUUCUCUGUGAUCUGUUCUUAAAUAGUUUUUAAGUUGUCAUGGGACAGGGGAAAACAAGGAAACAAUAAAAUUAUGAUGAAUACAGUAUAAUAAUAAUAACAUCAUUGCGCACUUUAGAGAUGAAACUGUCCAAUUUAAUUAUUUUAGAGACAUCAUGCACUAUAUUAAAAAAACACUAUAUUAUAUAUAACACUAUACACUAUAUAUACACUAUAUUAAAAAAAACAAGGUCAGCACUGAGAAAAAUUCUGGCUGGCCCAAACUUCAAUGAUCUGAUGUUAUAAUUAAUACUCUGCUUUCCUAAUCUUAACCGAUCAUAACAUUCUGUUUGGGAGGGGUUGAAUUUUGACCAGAAGAUGCUCCAAUUAUAUGGAUACAGUAAAGACCACUAGACACCUCGCUCUGUGCUCUAGACCACUCCAUGUGUAUUGUGUACAAGAGGAAGUGUGUCAGUUUGAACACAGCCAUGGGCAGAAAAUACUUUAAACCACUACUACCUUUAGUAUGACUCAAAAGACUGCCUUUUUUCCAGCUGCUAUCGGUGAAGAAAUCACAGUUGCCUGAAAUUUGGGUUCUGUUAAACCCACUUUUAUCUGUAUUGUUUUUUUUUUAUUAGAAUUUAGGGUCAGUUAUCAAAGGGCUCUGGGUUCACAUUGCAUAGUGUGGUGGUGUGAAUUAAGUACUUAAUCGCUCAGCAUUGCUCAUGUAUUAUAAUAUACUGUUAAGAGGUUUUUUAAUUUUUUUAAACAUUUUUUGUUAACUCAGAAGACCAGAACUACUGGAUAAAACACCCAAGGCCAAGGCCUGUCUGGCAAAAUUUAUGCGUUUUAAAAUGAAAACGCACUAGUGUAAACGGGCCUAGUCUGCCUUCUGUAUAGGCUACUGGCGCAGACAAAUAAAAAUGACCUAUUUAAGACUAUAUAUAGAAUUACUCACCUUUCUUCCAAAAGCAAGUGUGAUUUCCGUGUUAAAAGUUGAAACUGCCUUCAUUUUCAGUUAUUAUUUAACCUCAAAGGUUGUUAACGAAUCUCAUUAAGAAUUGGUGGAAAAUUGCAGUGUAUGUCAAAUAAAUGGCUUUAAGCAAACAGUUUA